AUGUUUGAAACCUCAUGUGUGCGAGGAGAGGGGCGCCUUGAAAGAUCUGCUACUGCAGGAGCUGCUUUAAUCGACUCGCCUCUAACAUUGUUUGUCCCACAUGAUACUUGUGACCAUGCGUGCGUGCAGGUGUGCGAGGAGAGGGACGCCUUAGAGGACCUGCUACUACAGGAGCAGCUCAAGAAUGGCACCCCUGCUGUGAGCCCUUCCUCUUGCCAUCCAACGACUUACACCUCCUUUCGUUUUGACAAGCAAGUGGAGGAGGCGAGGGCACAAGCAGCAGCGCUGGAGAUGGAGCUGCAAGCCAUGGCCUCUCGCUGCGACGAGUGGAAGCGGAGGGCGGGCGAGAGGGCAGCGGAGAUGAAUCCCGUGUUGGUGCAGGCGCUGCUGGAAGAGCGACUGGAGGAGCUCGAUGACUCUGGCGUGCUCGCCCUGCAGGUGGAGUGUGCUCGUCUGCGGGACGAGCUGGCCAAAUCCGAGGUGUUGCGCUUUGAGCUCUACCGCAGCCUGGAGCAGGGCGCAGUGGAAGUGGAGAGCCGGUGGGAGUCAGAGGCGUCUGGUAUGUCACCAGCGAGAGAAGGCAGCUUCAAGAGCAGAGACGCAGAGAGGCACAGCAACGACAGUGAUGAGGAUGCACCAGGCCGAGCAACCACCCCUGUCAUGAUGGAGUGUGACGAGUCAGUGGUGCAGGAGCUUCUGGAGCUGGGCCAGGCGUCGCUCACUCAGGAGGACGUCACUCGCCUCAUGGAGACCGUGGAGGCAGCAGAGAGGCGGGCAGAGAAGGCAGAGAGGGAGGCAGAGCAACGAGCAGUGCAGGUGCAGCUGCUGGAGGCGAAGAUGGCCGCCAUGCUGAACUCCUGCCCUAUGGACGAGCACAAGCGCUCGCCGUCCCUCGUGUCCUCGUCGCCCAUCUCCUUCCGCCUCUCCCCCGUGGCCUCCUCCUCCUCCCCUGACCCCGCCUCCCUCACUCGCUCCAGCAGCAGCAGCGCCACCUCCCAACACAGCCAGCAGCAGCAGCAGCAAGCCCUCUUCCAGGAGCAGCAAGCAGGGAGGCAAAAUCAAGACGAAAGGGAGCAAUCACCACAGUUGAGCGGAAGAGGGGACAGAGUAGCAGGAGUGGAAGGCGAAUUAAAUGGAGCAGCUCUGGGCUCGAAGUUUACUGGAAGAGGCACGGCGGAAGGUGGAGUGGUGGCAGCAGCAAGAAAGGGAGGCGACUUGACGCAUGAAGCAGUGGUCAGAAGAGGCGCUCUGGGUGUGGUUGUGGAUAGAAAUCCAAGGACAAAACCAGAGGAGGAGCAGGAGCAGUUGGAGGUGGAGGAACGGGAGGAGGAAGGGGAGGAUGGGGUGGAGGAGUUGAGGCAAAUGGUGCAUAGAGUGCAGAGGCAGAACCGGAUCACCCAUGUGCUCCUGUCAGUGGUCAUUGCCGUCUCUAUUCCACCUCUUGUGGCCUUGGUUCGGGGGUGGUUCGGUGGUUGGGGUCGGCGGUACGAGCCUAAGAGGCCGGGGGCGGGGCCGGCUCCGAAGCAGGUUGCACGGGUUGCGAUUCGGAGCAAGUAG